AUGGAUAUCGAUUUACUUAAUGAUCUUCGUGGAGAUAAUGAAGAUGACGACGGAAAUGAAAGUGAUACAAACCUUAAACGAGAUGAAAGUGAAGACGAUGAAGAGGGAUCAAAAACGAAGAAUGUAGAAAAUGUGAUGAAGAAAGCCAAUGAAGUAGCAAAGAAGAAAGUGGCACGGCGGCCUCGGCCAAAACUCGAUGUUGAUCGGUUAACCGGCUCGAGGGGACUCGAUGAAUUAUGUAAUUUGUUUAAGGAUGAAAAGUUCAAAGGCAAAGGUUAUGAAUUUACUGAUCUUGACACACUGAUGCACAAAUUUGAAUAUUGGGCGCAUCGUCUUGUGCCACACAUGGCGUUCGAUGAUUUCAUCGAAAAAGCCGAAAUUCUAGGUGGUAAAAAGCCCGUCAAAUAUGCACUUCAACAUUUACGUGAUAAAUUAAAUAUUCAAACAAUGCCCAAUGAUGAUGAACAAGCUAGUCAUACUCUACUUGAUUUAUUACCAACUAUUGACCCUGAAAAACCUACAAAUGACAUUCCCAACGAUGAUGAAUUGAAUGAAUUAUUUCAAUAA